AUGCCUGUAACAAAAAGCGGGUUUCCGUCCAUACCAAAUGUGUGCGCUUCUUUUAUACCUGCUCAACCUUUGGAUCGUGAUCAACCAAACGGACGACCGCAAUGGCGCUUUACAGUUUUCGCUCAGGACGAAGGUGGCGAGGGACUAGUGGGCUAUGCUGACGUACAAGUUAAUUUGAAGGACAUCAACGAUAACGCCCCAAACUUUCCCCAAGGCGUCUACUUUGGCAACGUCACCGAGAACGGCACUGCUGGCAUGGUGGUGAUGACAAUGACAGCUGUAGACUAUGAUGAUCCGAAUGAAGGAUCAAAUGCGAAACUUGUAUAUUCCAUUGAGAAGAAUGUGAUUGAAGAGGAAACUGGUUCACCGAUAUUUGAAAUAGAACCAGACACAGGCGUCAUCAAGACUGCCGUAUGCUGUUUGGAUCGUGAGCGCACACCGGACUAUUCAAUACAAGUAGUAGCGAUGGAUGGCGGGGGGUUAAAGGGCACGGGGACGGCUUCAAUACGUGUAAAAGAUAUCAACGAUAUGCCGCCGCAGUUUACGAAAGACGAGUGGUUCACCGAAGUUGAUGAAACGGAUGGCACGUCUUUGCCCGAGAUGCCUAUACUCACAGUAACUGUGCACGAUGAGGAUGAAACAAACAAAUUUCAAUACAAAGUUAUCGACAACAGUGGUUAUGGCGCCGAUAAGUUUACAAUGGUGCGCAACAAUGAUGGCACAGGUUCGCUGAAAAUCGUGCAACCUCUGGAUUACGAAGACCAACUACAGAGCAAUGGCUUCCGCUUCCGCAUACAAGUCAAUGAUAAGGGUGAAGACAACGACAACGACAAAUACCAUGUAGCCUACUCAUGGGUUGUGGUAAAAUUGCGCGACAUCAACGACAAUAAACCGCACUUUGAACGUGCCAAUGUAGAAGUAUCCGUAUUUGAAGACACCAAAGUCGGCACAGAGCUGGAGAAAUUUAAGGCCACCGACCCCGAUCAGGGUGGCAAGAGUAAAGUCUCAUACUCGAUCGAUCGUUCCUCAGAUCGGCAGCGGCAAUUUGCCAUCAAUCAAAAUGGUUCUGUGACAAUACAACGGUCGCUAGAUCGCGAAGUAGUGCCGCGACACCAAGUUAAAAUAUUAGCAAUUGAUGACGGUUCACCACCAAAAACGGCUACAGCCACUCUUACGGUGAUUGUGCAGGAUAUAAACGAUAAUGCACCGAAAUUCUUGAAGGACUACCGGCCGGUAUUGCCAGAGCAUGUGCCCCCAAGGAAAGUGGUCGAAAUAUUGGCUACAGACGAUGAUGAUCGCUCGAAAAGUAAUGGGCCACCAUUCCAAUUUAGGUUGGACCCCAGUGCCGAUGAUAUUAUAAGGGCAUCUUUCAAAGUGGAACAGGACCAAAAGGGCGCUAAUGGCGAUGGCAUGGCUGUUAUUUCCUCUCUCCGCUCCUUCGAUCGUGAGCAACAAAAGGAGUACAUGAUCCCCAUUGUUAUUAAGGACCAUGGCUCACCGGCGAUGACCGGCACUAGCACACUCACUGUCGUCAUCGGCGAUGUCAACGACAAUAAAAUGCAACCAGGAUCUAAAGACAUUUUCGUGUAUAACUAUCAAGGUCAGUCUCCAGACACGCCGAUUGGCCGCGUGUACGUUUAUGACCUAGACGAUUGGGAUUUGCCUGAUAAGAAAUUCUACUGGGAGUCUCAAGAACAUCCUCGUUUCAAGUUAGAUGAAGACUCUGGCAUGGUAACAAUGCGAGCUGGUACGCGCGAAGGACGUUAUCACUUGCGCUUCAAGGUUUACGAUCGCAAACACACCCAAACUGAUGUGCCAGCAAAUAUAUCGGUAACAGUGCGUGAAAUCUCUCAUGAAGCUGUAAUCAACUCAGGCUCUAUACGUGUUGCCGGCAUUACUGAUGAAGACUUCAUACGCGUCUGGAACUAUCGCACACAGAGCUUGAGUCGCUCUAAAUUGGAUCGUUUCCGUGACAAGCUGGCCGACUUGCUGAACGCAGAUCGCGAGAACGUGGAUAUUUUCAGUGUGCAACUCAAGCGCCGCCAUCCACCACUUACCGAUAUACGCUUUUCGGCGCAUGGCUCUCCCUACUACAAGCCAGUGCGUCUCAACGGUAUUGUUCUGAUGAAUCGCGAGGAAAUCGAAAAGGAUGUGGGCUUUAAUAUCACAAUGGUUGGCAUUGAUGAAUGCUUAUACGAAAACCAGAUGUCUGAGGGUUCCUGUACGAACACGUUGGACAUCAGCUCGUUGCCGUAUAUGGUUAACGCGAAUAAGACUGCCUUGGUGGGUGUGCGCGUAGACACUUUGGCUGAGUGUACUUGUGGCGCACGAAACUUUUCAAAACCAGAAUCUUGUCGUAACACACCUUGCUACAAUGGUGGACGCUGUGUGGACACGCGCUUUGGCCCGCACUGCUCGUGCCCAGCGGGUUACAAUGGUCCACGCUGUCAGCAGACUACGCGCAGCUUCCGCGGAAAUGGUUGGGCUUGGUACCCAUCGUUGGAGAUGUGCGACGAGUCACAUUUGAGUUUGGAGUUUAUCACACGCAAACCUGAUGGCCUUUUCAUUUACAAUGGUCCCAUUGUGCCUCCGGAGCGCGAGGAAAUGAUCAUCACUGAUUACAUUGCACUUGAGCUGGAACGUGGCUACCCGCGUUUGCUUAUAGACUUCGGCUCAGGUACUUUGGAAUUGCGUGUUAAAACUAAAAAGUCUCUGGAUGAUGGAGAAUGGCAUCGUAUUGAUGUCUUUUGGGAUACGGAAAAUGUGCGUAUGGUUAUAGAUUUUUGUAAGUCUGCGGAUAUUAGUGAAAUGGAAGAUGGCACACCACCGGAGUUUGAUGACAUGUCCUGCCAGGCGCGUGGGCAAAUACCACCGUUCAAUGAAUAUCUGAAUGUAAAUGGUCCACUGCAGGUAGGUGGCAUAUACCGUGACCUCUUUGACCCCUCGCUCUACUUCUGGCAUUAUGCGCCCAACGCAAAAGCCUUUGAUGGCUGCAUACGUAAUUUAGUAUUCAAUUCUAAACUCUAUGACUUGGCGCAUCCUGGACUUUCACGCAACAGCGUCACAGGUUGCCAACAAACGGAAGAAGUUUGCUCACAGUCGGAGCAAACGGCACGCUGUUGGGAACAUGGCAACUGUGUUGGCUCGCUUUCAGAAGCACGCUGCCAAUGCCGACCCGGAUGGACUGGUCCUGCUUGUAACAUACCCACCAUACCUACCACCUUCAAGCAACAGAGCUACGUUAAAUAUGCGCUCAGCUUUGAACCGGAUCGUUUUAGCACGCAAAUUCAAUUGCGUUUCCGUACGCGCGAGCAACACGGGGAACUGUUUCGCGUUUCAGACCAACAUAACCGCGAAUAUGGAAUUUUAGAAAUUAAGGACGCACGUCUACACUUCCGCUACAAUCUCAAUUCGCUGCGUACGGAGGAGAAAGAUUUAUGGUUGAACGCGGUCGUGGUAGAUGAUGGUCAGUGGCAUGUUGUGCGUAUUAAUCGUUAUGGCUCUGCAGCGACACUGGAGUUGGAUGGUGGCGAAGGACGUCGCUACAACGAGACGUUUGAAUUUGCUGGGCACCAGUGGCUAUUGGUUGACAAACAAGAGGGUGUUUAUGCUGGCGGAAAAGCUGAAUAUACGGGCGUGCGAACGUUCGAAGUGUAUGCGGACUACCAAAAGAGCUGCCUGGAUGAUAUCAGGCUGGAGGGCAAGCAUUUGCCUUUACCACCGGCUAUGAAUGGUACGCAAUGGGGUCAAGCCACUAUGGCACGGAAUCUUGAAAAGAAUUGCCCUUCCAAUAAACCUUGCUCGAAUGUCAUAUGUCCGGAACCGUUCGAAUGUGUGGACCUAUGGAACGAAUAUGAAUGCACGUAAGUAGUGCACUAGUUUAAUUUACU